CGCUAAUUUCAGCAUCCCUCCACCUUCCACCUUCCACCCUCCUACCCUCAAGAGCCUCUCUCCUUACCCGCUCCAUCGAGUGGUGAAAUCGUGCUCUCCCGUUCAUCCCGGCAACCCGAUUUCGUCCGCUCUCUGAGACCUAUCGCCUCCCUCGUGCUCCCUUGAUAAAACCGCCAAAUUGGAUUCCCUGGACCAGAAGAAGAGGACCGUGGCCAAUCCAAUGGAUGCUACGUCCGGAAAGGCGAGCUCUACGAGUAACAAUGUGAUCAACGGCAUCAAGUUAAGCAACGAGCCGGACCCGUCGAAAAUCGUCACCGUCCAGGCCAAUAGUGGGAAGACUGGCGAGGCGAUCGAGCUAUCGUACACAGGCUACAAGGUUAUUGGAAAUGGCUCCUUUGGUGUGGUUUUCCAAGCCAAGCUGGUCGAUUCGGGAGAUCAAACUGCCAUCAAGAAGGUUCUGCAAGAUAAACGCUUCAAGAACCGAGAGCUCCAAAUCAUGCGACUGGUGGACCACCCCAACAUUGUCGCGCUGAAGGCCUUCUUCUACUCGAACGGCGAUAAGAAGGAUGAGGUCUUUUUGAACCUGGUGCUCGAGUUCAUUCCCGAAACCAUCUACCGCGCGUCCCGGCACUAUGCCAAAAUCAAGCAAACCAUGCCGAUGCUCUGUAUCAAGCUGUACAUGUACCAGAUGUUCCGCUCCCUGGCCUACAUCCAUGCCCUCGGCAUCUGUCACAGAGAUAUCAAGCCGCAGAAUCUGCUGCUCGACCCCACCAGCGGAGUGCUGAAGCUGUGCGAUUUCGGAAGCGCAAAGAUCCUGGUGGCUGGAGAGCCGAAUGUCAGCUACAUCUGCUCCCGGUACUACCGUGCACCCGAACUGAUUUUUGGAAGCACCGGAUACGUGGUCAAUAUCGACGUGUGGUCAGCAGGAUGUGUCAUGGCCGAACUGAUGCUGGGACAGCCCCUGUUCCCUGGCGAGUCAGGAGUUGACCAGCUUGUUGAGAUCAUCAAGGUCCUGGGCACACCAACCCGCGAGCAGAUCAAGGCCAUGAACCAAAACUACACGGAAUACAAGUUCCCUCAGAUCAAGGCCUGCGCUUGGAGCAAGGUAUUCCGAUCACGAACCACGACUCCCGAGUCACUGGAUCUGAUUAGUAAAUUAUUGGAGUAUACCCCCAACAACCGCUUGAGCGCAAUCGAAGCCAUGGUGCACCCGUUCUUUGACGAACUACGCAAGCCUGACACAAAAAUGCCCAACGGAAAGGACUUACCACUGCUAUUCGACUUUUCGGCGCUGGAGCUGUCCAUACGACCCGACCUGAACCGACAGCUCGUCCCACCUCAUGCCGAGGCCGCGCUCCGGGCCCGCGGAAUAGACCUGGACCAGUUUCAACCCAUCACCAUCCAACAUGCCGUUCUUGGGCAGGAGUGAGCACCUCGAGCGCUACCACUCCUCCUCCAGAUUCCCAAAGGGCACAGAAGGAAAGACAAGGAACGCCCCCCUCCCCCCCCCCUCGCCGCUCCCACCCCUAUCCUCUAUCCUGUUACCUUUCUCCUUUCUCCUCCAUCUCUCUA